CAAGACAGCGUGCACACCCACAAGGUGAUCGAUGGCCGGUGUCGCUCCUCCCGUCCCGCCGGCUCUCACCUCGUGUCUCUCCGCGUUGAUCCCCCAUGGUUUCGCCGUCGGCCCCUCUCUGUCCUCCGAUGGGAGGUUGGGACUGUGGUGGGUCGGCCGGUCGCUGGAGGUGGGACGGCUGCUGGGGAGGGAGGGGGACGCGGCGGGAUUGGCCUUGAAACGGCACGCUGACCCCCCGACUCGCUGCAGAGAGGAUGAACCUACAGUAACAGAGCAGAGCAACAGCACAGAGGAGGAAAAGGCUCUGAUGGAGUUAGCAGCAAAUAAAGAAGCUCUACUGCGGAGAACGAGCUGGAUCAGCUUUGCCUGCCGGGCGCGAAGCCGAUCUCAGCAGAACGUGGCGGUGCAGUGUGCGUGUGGAGAGGUGUGUGCGGGCGAGUGUGUGGAUGUGUGUCUGCGUGUGUGUCGGGACGUCCAGCCGGGAACCGAGCUGCUGUUGUUCGGAGACGCUGCGGCGAAAAAUCAGACAACAGACAAACCUGACACACAGGAGAACUCUACCGAACCACAACGAGGAAACUCCCGCCUGGCUGCUAAACCACGACGGGUUCACAGUCUGAGCAGCCGAGCAAAGCAGCCCCCCGUCGAACCCGAACCCGCCCCCCACCCGAUCAGACACACGGACGCAAAGAGAGGAAACCCCACCGAUGGUGCUGAGUCACCUGCAGAAAAGGUGGUUUCCAUAGAGACGCUACACCCUGAUACUGAGACUGUCGGGGCGGGGGUGGGGGUGGGGGUGGUGGGGGCGGAGGGGGAGUUGACGUGGCACCCGGAGGUCAGAGAGCGGCGGUACAGAUGUUCCAGCUGUGGGAAGAAGUUCUUCCAGAUCGGACAUUUAAAGAAACACGAGUUCAGUCACAGAGAAGAGAAACCGUUCAGCUGCAGAGAGUGUGGGAAGAGUUACACGUCUGCUGAGAGCUUCAGAGCACACGAGCUGAGUCACCGCGGCGAGCGUCCGUUCUCGUGUCCUCACUGUGAGAAGACGUACGGCCUGAAGCGAGACCUCAAGGAGCACAUGGUCCUUCACACCGGAGAGAAACCGUACGUCUGCGAGCACUGCGGGAAAGGAUUCGCUCGCCGGCCGUCCCUCCGAAUCCACCGUCUCCUUCACUGCAGCAGACUCAUUUACACACAGUCUCCAAAGCUGCAGUGCACAAUCUGCCCCAAGCUGCUGGCUAACUCCGGCUCUCUGAGGAACCACAUGAAGCUGCACACGGGGGAGAGACCUCACAUCUGUCAACACUGUGGGAAGUGCUUCAGUCAGAAAGGAAACCUCGAGAGCCAUCUGAGAAUCCACAACGGAGAGAAACCGUACCCCUGCUCCGAAUGCGACCAGCACUUCUCCCAGAAACAAGAGCUCCGCCGGCACAUGCUCUCCCACACGGGGGGCGGCUUCCUCUGUAGCUACUGCGGGAAAUCUUUAAGGGAUCCGCACACCCUGAAGUCUCACGAGAGGCUGCACACCGGAGAGAGACCCCAUCGCUGCUUCAUCUGUGGGAAAGGUUACACUGUGGCCACGAAGCUGAGGAGACACAUAAAGUCUUCUCACUUGAUGGAGAAACCACACAGCUGCCACUGCGGCGCCUCCUACACUCUGAGACAAAGUCUGCUGAGGCACCAGGCGCAACACAGGACGGGGGAAGACGCUCAGAAAGAGGCGGAGGCGGAGGGAGGAGACGGCAGCGAGGAGACGAAAGAAGCCGUGCAAGAGUUAGCGGCUUUGAGCUCCCGUCACCCGAAACCAGUCAGAGGCCGACCCAAGAAAACCUCGCUCUCCCAAAGUGUGGGAGAGAAGGAGGCGGGUGAAAUGAAACGGAGAAGAAGACGAGGAAAAGGGGAGGAAAAGGAGGCGGCUACAGGAGGAGGAGGAGGAGGAGGAAGAGGAGGAGACGGCGAGGCUGCAGGUGACAUACAGCACACCGUCGUCUACGUCCGCACAGACAGUCUACCUGCGUCUAACUCCGGCCCUCUGCUCCUCACCUCGGGGGGCUCGCUGCCUGCGGGUGCCGGGCAGGAGCUGGUGGAGGUGGUGAUAUCGGAGGGAGCGGAGCAGUGCAUUGUGGUCCACGGGCAGCAGGCUGUAGGAGAGCUGCUGAUCUUACAGGAGGAAGGGAACGGACUCUGCUCUGUGGCUCAGACUGUGGAGAUAAACACUGUGUAGCUUCAACGUCUCAGCUGGUUGAAGCGUCUCUCUGGUGCUUCUUUAGAAAUCUGAUCCUGUAACAUCCAGCUAGCAUCGACCGCUAAUGUUCAACACAUACUUGUUAACUUUAUAAUGAA